UUUCCCUUGCGCGAUCGCGAACGCGAUCUGCGUUCUAAGAUCGCGCGUCCCGAUCGCGCGACUGCUGAUACAAUGUAAAUUAAUAGCGUUGGUUUCCCCUGCGCGAUCGCGGUCGGCGAUCUAAAUUUGUUCGCGGCGCGAACGCGAACUGACUGGUCUCCGAGCAGACAAAUCGCGUUCGCACCGCGAUCGAUGUGUUGUUUUGAUGAUAUUAUUUAAUAUUAAUAAUAUGCAACUCAUUUAUGAUUGAACACUCGUUGACAUCGGUCGUUCAAAACAUGAGUUCUUCAAUGGUAAAAUUUACUAAGGAGCAAGACGAGAUAUUGGUUGAAUCUGUAGCUAAACACCCCCCAAUUUAUAAUCCCCAAAGCAAAGAUUAUAAAGAUUUGAACAUACGGGAUGCAAUUUGGAAAGAUAUAAGUUGCAACGUUGGACGAAGUGAUGAAGACUGCAAGAGAAGGUACAAGAAUAUUAAAGAUGCCUAUUUAAAAAAUAAACGGGCAAGAAUAAUGAAUACUGGAGCAAGUGCCUCUUCAAAACCCUCAAAAUGGCAUUUAGCACCAUUUUUAAGUUUUUUGGAUACAAUACCACAAGAAAGAAACACAACAUCAAAUAUAUAUGAUACUGAUAAUAAUGAAGAUUCUGGCUCAGACGAAGAGGAAAUAAAUAUCACACAAGAUGAUAUUAUACUGCAGUCAUUACCAGUAACGCAAUGUCCUCAAUCUCCGUCGACUUCAAAAGCACAAAAAUCGACUAAUAAAAGAAAAAAUUUAAAUGUCACUGAAUUAUUAGAAAAAAGAUCCAAAGAAAGAACAGAGCUGAUGACACAACUAAUUGCUAAAAAAAAUACGGAUGAGUACGAUGAUGUUGAUCAUUUUUUCAAAAGUUUAACUCUAUCUGUCAAAAAGUUGCCACCACACUUAAUUUCACAGGCGAAAUUGAAAAUGUUGACAAUUGUGACUGACUUGGAACUUCAAGCUGCAAAUAAUCAUGCACAUAACGUCCACAUCAUACCUGGCAAUCGCAGAGUAUCAUUACAGUCAAAUAAUUCUACUAGUAGUUCCCCAUAUUCUAACAACUUUACUCCAUACAGUUAUAGUCCACCUUCACUAGAUUCACCAUUAUAUUCAAAUAUUCAACAACAGUUCGGACCAGAAAAUCCAACUACAUUUACGCCUUUCCAGUCAGUUCAAAAUAUGAACAAUGAAUGGAACACCAAUUCUCAAGAAAUUUAACAAUAUAUUUUAAAAUAUUAUCUUAUAAGGUAUUUUGAUUUUUUUUUUAAUUAAUUGUUCAUAAGUCAAUGAAAUAUAUGAUAAGGUAACUAUUUUUAUUUAUUUUGAUCAAUAAAAAAUUGAUUUAUUAUUAACUUUGAUACAAAUUGUAUAUUAAAAUAAAACAACAGUAUUCCACAAAUAAAUUUAUAAAUCUGAGUUCUUAUUUCAUUUUACUUUAUCUGUACCUAUUUGAAA